AUGAUUUCUACCAAGCAACCAGACGCUGUCGUUAUUGAUUCUCUAUCACAGCCAUUUAAUCCACUAGAAGCAUUAACAGCGAUCACACAACAAUUGAUUUCAUCUGUCUCUGUAUCGUCACAUGUUCCAUCCUCACGACAUCAAAUUUCAACAAAUUCAUAUUCGAAAUCAACAAAAGAUGCGUCACCACCACCAGCAGAACUAUUUCUCGCACCGUUACCAAUGAUAUCACAUACGUCCCAAUUCCAUGCAAAAACGUUGAAAAAUGAUAUCUCUGAGCGUUGUUUAAUUGUUAAUUAG